AUGACAUGGCCACCGUCGCACUCGACACCGUCUUACUCGACGAAGAGCCUACAGCAGAUCAGGUCCUUACUGCAGUCCUCGUGCUCAUGGACUUCGUGGCAUACGCCGGCGCCGCCGCUAUGCCUCUGGAUCAACCGUGAAUUUCUGAUGCUGCACGGCACCAACGCUGUCACCCUCCCAAUCGCCACCGCCAUCUUUGUCGUCACCAUCAAUUUUGUCCGCGGCAUGCUCAUCGCCGCCCGCUUUCCUCACAGCCUACGCAUGCAAAGGGCAACCUCGCAGCUUCCCCCCGGCCUCGAACAGACAAACAACGGUUCCGACGGGGACGACUUUGACCCGAUGUACGUGGUCGGCGUCUCGCUCGCCGCUCUGUCCGCGCUCAUCUCGAGCGUCGCUUUGCUCAUCAUGAAGCGUUCGGCGGACACCGAGGCCGGCCUCCCGCUGCGCCCGAGCUGCACGCACCGCUGGCGACGGCUCUGGUGGCUUGGCUUCCUCAUGAAUACCGGGUCCGAGGUCAGCCUGUCGGUCGUGGCGCUGGGCAUGGCGCCGAUCUCGGUGAUAGCACCGAUCUUUGGGCUCGCCAUCGUCUUCAGCGCCGUCCUCGCGCGCCUGGGCUGGGUGCCGGGCGUCAAGGAGUCCCUCUCCCGCGCCGAGUGGGCCUCCAUCGUCGUGAUUGUGGUGGGGAUCGGCCUGUGCAGCGCCUUCGGGCCCUCAACGGAGCACGAGAUCGCGUUCGAAGACAUCGGCAAGUACUUUGGGCGCGCGUCCUUCCUCGGCUACGCCUGCCCCGCCGCCGCCUUCGUCCUCUUCUGG